GGCAGCCACUGAAGUUUUGGCAGCAUUGCUGAAAUCCAAGUCUAACAGCCGCAGGGCAGUGAACAGAGGUUAUGUCACCAGCUUGCUCAGGCUGCAUCAGGACUGGCACAACCACGACACAGCGAACACCUACAUGCUGAUCCGCCAGGGACUUCUGCUCUGCCUCAAGCGUCUCACCACCCUCCGGUCUGGCAGGGAGGCCUUCCUGGCAGCCCAGGGCCUGGAGAUGCUCUUCACCAUCACUCAGAACUGUCUGGACAACAAGAACAUGGAGCCCAUCAUCUCUGCUGUUCUUCAGAUCCUCAGGCAAUGCUACCCUAAGAGUCCACUUCCCCUGGUCACAGUCAACAGUGCUUAUUCCUUCAUGGUCCCUGGGAGCGUCACCUCUGAACCUCUACCUGCUGUCACUGAAGGUAAAGGAAAGGAUUUUGAAGAUGAUGGUGAUGAGGAGGUGGACAAAGACUCAGAUUCUGAUGAAGUGAAAGAGGAAGAUGAUGACUUGGAAACUGAUAUGGACAAGCUGAGUUCAAAACCUGGUCCUGACCGACCUGAAGAAGAACUGAUGCAAUAUGAGGCGAUGUGUCCUGAGCUCUCCUACAGCUUUGAGGAACUGGAGUCCAAGUUUGGAGAUGAUUUGAACUUGGAAGACACUCAGUAUGUCAAUCACUACGACAUUCCAACUGCCUCCCCAAGGCAGCGUUGCUUCAAUAAGGACCAAAGCUCCUGGGAGCAUGAAAGAGAAGACCCAGUCCAGACUUCCAUUCUGGACAGGGUGAAAACAGGGAGGUCCACUGUGCCUCUAUACUCCAAGAAAGGACCUGAAAUGAACUCAUACAUAAAUGUGCAAACCAAUGUCCUUGGGAUAGGCUCUUCUGGAAAUGAUAUUCCUGACGUUCACACUUCCCUGGGAGAGGAUGCUUGGGACAUAGAGGAAAUUUCUUGCCCAAGAAUGAGUGCCUCUUUUUCCAAUUCUACCAAGCCUAGAGAAACUGUUGACUUCAUAAAUAAGCUUCUGCAUACACAUCCCAAGUGUAUCCCAUUCCAUGAUCCUUACCUUUAUAUGGCCAAAGCCAGAAGAACCAGAUCUGUGGCAGACUUCAAGAUGAUGGCAUUUCCUGAUCUCUGGGGACACUGUCCACCUCCUUCUGCCCAGUCUAUGUUGGAGCGCAAAUGGGGAGUACAACGGAUCAAGAUAUUUGAGGAUGUCCAGAGACUCAUCCAGCCAACCAACGUUAUAAAUAAAGUUGUCUUCAGUUUAGAUGAGCCUUGGCCUUUGCAAGAUACUGCUUCUGAUAGUUUAAGGUUCUUCUCCAAAUUUGAGUCAGGAAAUCUUCGCAAAGCCAUCCAAGUGCGUGAGUUUGAGUACGACUUGUUGGUCAAUGCUGAUGUGAAUAGCUCUCAGCACCAGCAGUGGUUCUACUUCAAGGUGAGCGGUACGAGGGCUGCAAUCCCUUACCGCUUCAACGUCAUCAACUGUGAGAAGCCCAACAGCCAGUUCAAUUAUGGGAUGCAGCCAACCCUGUAUUCUGUGAAGGAGGCUCUUCUUGGCAGACCCUCCUGGGUACGGACCGGUUAUGAAAUCUGUUACUACAAAAAUCAUUACCAACAGAACACAGCAGCUGCAGGCAGAGCCUCUGGGAAGUGCUUUUACACCCUCACCUUUGUGACCACCUUCCCGCACACCGAGGAUGUUUGCUACCUGGCCUACCACUAUCCCUAUACCUACUCUGCUCUCAUGAGUCACCUUGAUAUCCUAGAAAAAAGUAUCAACCCCAGGCAAGUCUACUUCCGGCAGGAUGUUCUCUGCCAAACGCUGGGAGGGAAUCCAUGUCCAUUGGUGACUAUCACAGCCAUGCCUCAGUCUACCAGUCCUGACCAUCUGGAGCAGUUCCGUGAGUAAAAUGAGGACCUUCUUGGAAGAUUUGGCUAAGGGUAUCCUUGACAGUGUGGGGAGAACUCUUUCCUUUUUAGAUUAGAAGUUUUGUAAAGGGUUGGAGACUUGUCUGUAUUUGUAAAAAUAUACUCCUGACUCUUCUUGGUAUGACACAAAGGGUAAAUGUUAAUGUCACUCUAUUGCUAAAGAGAGAGAAAAUGAAUUGCCAACUGUCAGGGAGAUGAAAUGGCUCACUAGAAGAGAGAGCAGAUUAAUAGUGACCAUCACUUCCUCACCCAAAACAGAACUAGAACUCCGAGUCACAUUUUCCAACUUCUAAUCCAGGGACUUUUCUCACCAUGCUUAUUGCCGUUAUGUGAUUCUCCAUCAAUCUGGAGAAAGGAAAGGAAUUGGAAAGGAAGGAAGCAGAGUCUAUGAGCCCUGGCUGAAGAAUUCCCUUGAUAACUUGAAUACCUGGAUCUGAAGGUCUGAGGAUGUGAAGGAGGCUGUUGCCAAGAACCAAAGCCACACCAAGCACACAGUCACAGAUAUACAGACAGACAUGGAUGCACACAGACUCAAAGACAAGAGGAUGUAGAUACACAACUUCCUUUUAAUAUUAGAGUCCUCAGCUUUAGUGUGACUGACUUGUCACCAAAAAGCUUUUGAAAGUGGUUU